AACAAAAACAGUAGGUGGUUUAUAUUGCUGGAUUUAAAUUGGGUUGGAAUGUAUAUUAUACUGUAGUAUUAACUUUAAAAAUAAUUUUAAAACAUCUGUAAACCCAAUUAAAAACGUUGAUUAACAUCGAUAGACCAUGUUAUAGUACCCUUGAACUGAAAAUUAUGUUUAAACCCUUAAAGUUAGGUUAUGUUUUGAUAUUACUGCUCUUCCUUGGCUCUAUUGCUAUUUUAUAUCAAGUACAACUAACAAAAUUAAGCGAUAAAUUACAAGAACUAGAAGAAAAUCAGAAACAAAAUGAAGCAUUUACUCACAGAGAAAAACCUCUUUUGGAAGAAAAAGACUUAAUUUUAUUAUACAAUCGUGUCCCAAAGACUGGAUCUACAAGUUUCGUAGGAGUAGCUUAUGAUUUAUGUAAGAAAAACAAAUUUAAUGUUCUCCACGUAAAUAUCAGCGCCAACAGCCAUACCAUAACAUUGGAGAACCAACUGAAGUUCAUACACAAUGUAACAAAUUGGAAAAGUCGAAAACCUGCACUAUAUCACGGACAUUUUGCUUUUUUUGACUUUUCUAAAUAUGGUGCUCCAAAACCUCUUUUUAUCAAUUUAAUACGUAAACCACUUGACAGGUUCAUAUCAUACUACUAUUUUGUAAGAUAUGGGGACAAUUUCAGACCAUAUUUAGUCAGAAAAAAGCAUGGUAAUACAAUGACAUUUGAUGAGUGUGUUGCCAAGCAAUUGUCAGAAUGUGAUCCAAAUAAUAUGUGGCUGCAGAUCCCUUUCUUUUGUGGACAUUCUGCAAACUGUUGGAAACCAGGCAACAAAUGGGCUCUCAACGAAGCCAAAAAGAACUUAGCCAACAACUAUUUCCUAGUGGGUGUUACAGAAGAACUAGAAGACUUUAUCCAAAUACUCGAAUUAUCCCUUCCGAGAUUCUUUAAAGGUGCAACUGAAUACUUCCAAAGCAGCAACAAGUCACACCUUCGACAGACAGUGCAGAAAGACUUGCCAGCUAAGGAAACAAUGGAUAAGAUCAAGAGCAGCACCGUCUGGCAGAUGGAAAAUGAGUUUUACGAGUUUGCUCUGGACCAGUUUCACUUCGUUAAGAGGUUUAUUAACAAAAAUAAGGGUCAGAAUGUGAUGUACGAAAAAAUUAGGCCCAAGAUAUGAGAUAGGUACUUACAUUCAAUUUUCUAUUGAGAUUGUGAAUUAAAGAUAUUUUGUAUACUUAUUUCUACUUAUUUGUAGACUCUAUUAGGUUAUAUGUAAAUAAAUAUAUAUGUUAC